CCCCGCUUCGCAUUUUCUCUUCUUCGCUUUCUAUCCCUCUUCUCUUCUCUCCUCUUCCCCACAAUCCAAGCGAUCCAAGCUAACCGGAUAAACCCUAACCCUAACCCUAACCCUAACCUUAAACCUAAGCCUAAGGCUAGCUUAAGACCUUGGGCAAGCUCUCUAAUGGCGUCGAAGUACGGGCUGGCAGGAGGGAUCCCGGAACGGCGAGUCCGGCCGAUAUGGGACGCCAUCGACUCGCGGCAGUACAAGAACGCACUCAAGCUCUGUGUAGGCCUUCUCGCCAAGCAUCCUAACUCUCCUUACGCCCUUGCACUCAAGGCUCUUAUUUUAGAGAGAAUGGGAAAGCCUGACGAAGCUAUGAGUGUUUGCUUAAAUGCCAAGGAUCUGCUAUAUUCAAGCACUGCUGUUCAUGUGGAUGAUCUCACCCUCAGCACUUUACAGAUUGUCUUUCAACGGCUUGAUCGCUUGGACCUGGCUACCUCUUGCUACGAGCAUGCUUGCGCAAAAUACCCAAAUAACCUUGAAAUAAUGAUGGGUCUUUUCAAUUGCUAUGUUCGGGAAUACUCAUAUGUGAAGCAGCAACAGAUCGCUAUCAAAAUGUACAAGAUUGUGGGUGAAGAAAGGUUUUUGCUCUGGGCAGUUUGCAGUAUUCAACUUCAGGCAAUCAGCAGCAAUGGUGGUGAUAAGCUGUUGCCCCUAGCUGAAGGUUUACUGAAAAAGCAUAUUGCUUCCCACAGUUUGCAUGAACCAGAAGCCCUUCAUAUAUACAUAUCAAUUUUAGAGCAGCAAGGGAAAUAUGAGACUGCUUUGGAAGUUAUUUCUGGAAAUCUGGGUUCUCUUAUAGGAAUUGAAGUCGACAAGUUACGAAUACAGGGUAGGCUUCUUGCUCGUGCGCGUGACUUUGCGGCUGGUGCCGAGAAAUUUCAGAGAGUUCUGGAAUUAUGUUCAGAUGACUGGGAUGCAUUCCUCAAUUAUUUGGGCUGUCUGCUGGAAGAUGACAUAAACUGGUCCAAAGCAAGUGUAACGGAUCAAAUCAAACUGUCAAAUUCUGUAGAUUUCCAAAAUUGCAAGUUGUCUACUUUAACUGAAGAAGUGUUCAAUUUCCGUCUAUCAACUGCAUUAUCUUUUGUACAAAACCUACAAAUGAAGGGCUAUAAUGAUUGUGUUCGGUGUCCCUAUUUGGCAACUAUUGAAAUCGAAAGGCGGCGACGCUUGAAUGGAAAAGCUGAUGAUUUCAAACUAAUGGAGGUUUUAUUGAAUUAUUUCAAUAGGUUUGGCCACUUGUCUUGCUUCACGUCUGAUGUUGAAAGUUCUCUCCAUAUUUUAACCAGUGAUGAAAGAAACGAACUAUUAGAAGCAUUUGGAAAGUCUUCAGAAUCUUCAUCAACAAUCUCAACAAAGGCAAUUGGUUCUGCUAUAACAAUUUUCAAAAUUCAGGAAUUGUUUGAUUGCGCGUCCUGUUUUCCGGUUACAGAUCUUGAAACCAUUGCAAUGAAAAUGGUGGAUAUGUAUUGUAAGAGCCUUUACCUUUCUAGGGAACUGGAUCCUCAAGAAAAUAUGCACGGUGAAGAGCUUCUAUCCACGGUCUGCAAUGUUCUUGUACAUUUAUUUUGGCGUACCAGGUGCUUGAGCUACUUGCUAGUGGCAAUUCUCGUGUUGGAGUUUGGUUCGAAUAUCAGAAGGUAUGUCUGGCAAUAUAAGAUCCUUUUGUUGCAUCUGUAUUCUCACUUCGGGGCUCUUCCGCUAUCUUAUGAAUGGUAUGGCACACUCGAUGUGAAGAAUAUCCUGCUGGAGACAGUCUCCCAUCACAUCCUACCUCAGAUGUUAAGAUCACCCCUUUGGUCGGAAACUGCUGAUCUAUUGAAAGAGUAUAUCAAGUUCAUGGAUGAUUACUUCAAUGAGGCUGCUGAUCUUACCUUUCUUGCCUAUCGCCAUCGCAAUUAUUCAAAAGUAAUUGAAUUUGUCCAAUUUAAAGAGCGCUUGCAACAUUCAUAUCAAUAUUUAAUGGCCAGAAUGGAUGCUUCCAUUCUACAGAUGAAGCAGAAAACGGAUAAACUUGAAGAUGUAGAGUUCAUUUUGGAAAAUGUCAAACAUGGUUUGCAAUUUCUUGAACUGUCAAAUGAGGCAGAACUGAAACUAUUGGCAUUCAAUGAAGAUUUUCAGACAAGGCCUUGGUGGUCCCCAACAUCCAGUAUAAAUUACCUUUUAGAGACAUUUGAAGAAGGUACAGCCCAUCGCAGAGAACAAAAGCACCAGGUAGACAUGAGGGAAUGUGUCGCUAGGAAGGCAAUUGAGUGGAAGUCUCUUCUUCCCCGUCUGGUGUAUCUGUCCAUACAGGUUGCAUCAUCCUUCCUGAAAGAGAAUAUUGAGCUCAAUGGAUCUGUAUCUGAUAUUGAUUACACUAGUGAAUUCAAGUGUCUGCUUGAAAGAUACGCAAGAAAUCUUGGUCUUUCUUUUGAAGAUGCAACAGAAGCAAUUGUUGGAAUUUCAGAGGGGAAGAAAUCUUUCAAGGAGUACGAUUUGGAAAUGGUCCAUUUGAUAAACUUCGCUGUUUUUGUGAAUGCAUUUAACUUAUGCACCCAUCAUCUAGAACCUGGAGUCGGGCACCAACAAAGUUCGUGGCACAUCGUCAAUAGCCUGGUUGAGAAAUGCAUCAGUGAAGAGCUCAUGCAUGCGCAGCCAAUAUUUACAAGUCCUGGAAAUAACCUUCCAAUUUUAGUGGAUCUUGUAACUGAAUCCAUAUCUUGGCACAUUCUUGUGAUCCAGUCCUGCCUAAGAUCAAUGAUUCCAUCAGGGAAGAAGAAGAAGAAACCCAGUGCAACAGAUCAGUUGAACUUGCCUCAAUUGCAACCUGUGCAUGCUUCAAUCCAAUGUUUAACCAAUUCGAUACAAGAUGUUCAAACUUGGUUAGAAGGUCAGGUCAACAAACCAGAGGACGAGAGUUUGGAUACUCUGUUAUCGCAUCUACAGAGCGGUGACACUGAACAAGGACCUUAUCAAAUUUGCCGUAUUCUUGAAGAAACUGCCACAGAGAGCAACCCUGAACUAGGUGAGAGAAUAUCCGGAGCUCUCCAAUGCUGGAACUCAGCUAAUGUGAUUAGAAAAUUGGUUGCGGCACAACAUAGGUCAGUGACCGAGUUUCAUUGCAUGUGUGCAUCAAAACUGAGGUUGUUGGAGUCGUUUAAGCAGUUGAUUUAAGUCACUCAGGGAGUUAAAGAGUUUGCUAAAAAGAUCUUGAACUGGUGCUUUGAAAUUUCUGUCCAGAUCUUUCACCUGUGUAUCCAUAGAAAAAAUUUUGUAACAUGG